AUGACUGACAAUGUGUUACCAUGGAUCGAGGAAGAUUACAGACCACCAGAAGAUUAUGAUUGGAAUGCUCGUAUAGACAUUUACUUUAGUUGUUAUACCGAUGAUAAUGAUGAUGAAUCCUUGGUACAAGACACGGAAAUUGCAACCCUGCCAGGCCGUUUUGAUUCCAUUAUCAUUGGAGGGGUGAUCACCAGUUUCAGUGAUGACACGGUCAAGUUGUUGAACUCUCUUCGGAACGAUGACUGGUUCUGGAAAGUUGUGAGGUUUUUUGCACAAGGCAGAAGGCAACCAAACUCCCCAGUCUUCAUGGCCAUGCUCAUUACCGCAAUGAGGAAGUCAAAGUGCGUAGAAGUUGGUCGCAGAGAUCUUGAUACAGCAGCCUUCUCUGUUCUAGCUACAGGUCUGUUGGGGCAGGACGGCAUUCAAGAAAUUGAGUUGUAUGACUCUCUGCAACUUUUUUGGCUGAAACCAUGCGCGAGUGACGGAGAAAAGGUAUUCGAAGGCAGAACCUUGCAAAACCUUGUCUUGGAAAGCGCAAUUGCUUCGGAUAGUGAUGACUUGGAAGGAUUGUACAAUGCAUUUCCAAACUUGACCGAUUUGUCGCUCCAAUACAACGAGAUUUGUGAUCUCACUUCGUUGGAAUGUAUUUUAUGCAAGGAGAACUUUUUCGACCAAGAUAAAACUGAUGAAGAGUCUUCGGCGUUUGCACUUGGGCUACAAUCCGUUUCUCGAGAUAAUACCUUAUGCGCAUCGCUACAACCGUUUUUGGAAAGUGCAAAUCAAAGCAGAAGCCUAGAACGAAUCUCAAUGGACUGCGAAAUGGAUGCCGUUGACUUGUGUCAUACCAUGAACGUCAAUCGGGGAAUUCGAUACGGCACUGAAACGGAAUCAGCUGCAUUACUGCCUCAAAUCCUCCACCGGGCCUCAUCUAUUUCCUACUUUGCCGGCAUUGAAGGUCAUUGGUGUGGAAACGUGGAUUCUCCAACUGAUAAAACUACCAGAACUAGGGCUUCAGUUGUGUUCUCAUUGCUUCGGGACAACGCCAAUCUCUUUGAGCGCUGUGGAAAGCCUGACGAGGAUGUUCCAAGUCCUCCUGCUUCCAAGAAACGAAGGCUGGGGUAA